ACGUGCUUCAACGCAGGGGCCGGGUACCAGUGCGAUUGUCCGCACGAGUUCUUUGGCAGGAAUUGCACGGAACCCAGGCUCACUUGCCUCAAUCCUCCUUGCAUUCGUAUGAACAUAUGUUCGGUGCCUGUGCCAUCGAAUGCAACUGGGAUUACUGGUCACGUGUCCAUGAGUGAAUACGAAUUGGUGCCAUCGAGAAUUUGCGGAGAACAUGGGACCUGUGUUUCGAGUGCAGAAAAAAGCGACGAGUUUUCCUGCGAAUGCGAACCCGGUUUCACAGGAAGAUAUUGUCACAUAAAUAUUUUGUGUUGCGUUAAAUCUUCUGUGAGAAUGUGCCGAACCAUUCAGCAGCAGCUUCUUCAAGUGCCGCCCGUUUGA